AUGUCUGUGAACCGGGUCCACACAACAGACAUGGAGCCAUCUGCAGAGUACUCGGUGGAGUACUCGGUGGAGGUUCCCACUGACUCCAGCCAUGCCGCGACUCGGACGCGUGACGUGACCGUGCUGCAGACCAGCUGCUGCCGCUGCCUGCCGCGCGCAGUACGCCUCACCUUUACACCCGAGUCGCUGGAGAGGCUUUACCAGAGCUAUUUCCGCCGACAGAGGCAGGAGAACCUGCUGGUGUUGGCACUGUUUGCCGCUCUUUUCAACAGCUUCAUCAUCAUCAUGUGCGCGGUGGUGUACACUGAGGACAAGCUGGCCAUGGUGGUGGUGGCGGCGGUGGGGCUGGCAGCGGACGUCGCAGUCUUCCUGAUCUGCUGGCUGCGGAAGCUCCCAGCGUCACCAGUGUGGCGGGGAGCCGUGCCAUACAUCCUGUGGCUGAUGAUCGCCAUCCACGUUUUGUGUUACAUGUGUCUGAACUACGAGAGGUUCCCGCAGGCCAGCGACUCUGCGGGCUGGCAGGCCUUCUUCAGCUUCUCCAGCUUCCUGACGCUCCCUCUGAAUCUGGUGCCUCUGAUACUGCUCACAGCCCUCUCCUGUGGGAUACACACCCUGGUGCUGGGGGUAACUGUGGCGCAGAGGAACGAGGAUAACCUGCAGGGGCCCAUGCUGGUCAGACAGCUCCUAGCCAAUGUGAUGCUCUACCUGUGUGCCGUCACCGUGGGUGUGAUGUCGUACUACAUGGCCGACAGGAAGUACAGGACGGCUUUUCUGGAGGCUCGUCAGUCACUACAGGUCAAAGUCACCUUGGAGGAGCAGAGCACCCAGCAGGAGGAACUCCUCCUGUCCAUCCUGCCAAAACACAUCGCCGAUGAGAUGCUGCAGGGCAUGCAGAACCAGGCCAACCAGCAGGAGGUCCAGCAGCAGCAGUUCAACACCAUGUACAUGUACCGCCAUGAAAACGUCAGUAUCCUGUUCGCUGACAUCGUGGGCUUCACCCAGCUGUCCUCCGCCUGCAGCGCCCAGGAGCUCGUGAAGCUGCUGAACGAGCUGUUCGCCCGCUUUGAUAAACUGGCAGCAAAAUAUCACCAGCUGAGGAUUAAGAUCCUCGGAGACUGUUACUACUGCAUCUGCGGCCUCCCUGACUUCAGAGACGACCAUGCUGCCUGCUCCAUACAGAUGGGCCUUGCGAUGGUGGAUGCCAUCUCGUACGUGCGAGAGAAGACCAGAACCGAGGUGGACAUGCGCGUGGGCGUCCACACCGGCACCGUGCUGGGAGGUGUGCUCGGCCAGAAGAGGUGGCAGUUUGACGUCUGGUCCACAGACGUCACCGUGGCCAAUAAGAUGGAGUCUGGGGGGAUUCCUGGGAGAGUGCACAUUUCCCAGUCCACAAGGGACAGCCUGCACGGAGAGUUUGAGCUGGAGCCCGGCGAGGGCGGAGAGAGGUGCGAGUACCUGCAGGAGAAAGGCAUCGACACGUACUUGGUUCUAGCCCCCAAAGAGAUGGUGAAUGGGCUCAGUGGAAAUAAACCAGGCACGCUGUCCAACAGAAAUUCAAAGCAGCUGAUCAACACCACCACAACCAAUGGGAACGCAGCCUCACCCCAGUCCACGUCCACUGAGUCCAAACAGGAGAGGGAGAAGGUGGUCGACGAACAAGUGAUCAACAGACGACUGCAGCAGGAGCUGCUGGAGAGAGAAACUGAGCAAAUAAUGAAGGAUCAUCGGAUCAACCCCGUGUCGUUGCGUUUCCUGGACUGGAAGUUGGAGGAGCACUUCUCCUCAGAGAAGGAGAAGAGGAGCGGAGCGGCCUUCUGCUGCUGUAUGAUAGUGCUCUUCUUCAUUACGGCAAUGGAGGUGUUCAUAGAUCCGCUGUUGGGCGUGAACUAUGUGACUCUUGGCAUAGGAGAGCUACUAUUGCUUAUCCUCACGUUGUGCUCCUUGGCUGCCAUCUUCCCCAGGAUGUUCUCCAAGAGGUUGGUGUCUUUCUCGAUGUGGAUUGAUCGCACGAGGUGGGCCAGAAACACAUGGGCCAUGGCUGCCAUAUUCGUUCUCACCAUGGCUGUGAUCGCUGACAUGCUGAGCUGUGUCCCGCCGACCCUCCGACUCAUCAACAGCACCUCUGGGCCCGUGUUGGUGGCUCUCGGCGACCCUGCAGGCUGCGCAGAGAAUCCAAAGCACUACAGCUUCAUGGCCGUGAUGUCGCUCAUCGCCACGGCCAUGCUGGUGCAGGUCAGCCACCUGAUCAAGCUGGGCCUCAUGGUGCUGGUCGUCACAGCAACUGGAGCUGUCAACAUCUACAGCUGGAGGGACAUUUAUGACCUGUAUGACUACAUACGGUUUGCCUCAUACAGAACAUCCAUAGUGCCGUCCAAGUACCUCAUGACCAUGAUGAUCAUUGUCAUGAUGAUUUGCUUCUACUUCUUUGCCCGCCAUUUGGAGCGUCAGUCCAGAAAGCUCUUCCUGUGGAAGAUCGGUGUGCACAACCAGAAGGAGAGGGUGUUCGAGAUGAGACGCUGGAACGAAGCGCUGGUCACCAACAUGCUGCCGGAGCAUGUGGCCAAACACUUCCUGGGCUCUAAGAAGAGAGAUGAGGAGCUGUACAGCCAGUCAUACAAUGAAACAGGUGUGAUGUUCGCCUCCAUCCCCAACUUCUCUGACUUCUACACCGAAGAAGGCAUCAACAAUGGAGGCAUCGAGUGUCUCCGGAUUCUCAACGAGAUCAUCUCGGACUUUGACAGUUUACUAGACAGGGAGGAGUUCCGCUUCAUCACCAAGAUCAAGACCAUAGGAAGCACCUACAUGGCCGCCUCAGGACUCACUCCAGAGAGCAACACGAACGAAUACACUAACCGGAAGCCAGAGGACCAGUCACUGAUUGAGCGCUGGCAGCACCUCGCCGACCUGGCAGACUUCGCCUUGGCUAUGAAAGUCACCCUCAGCAACCUCAACAAACAGUCUUUCAACAACUUCAUGCUCCGAAUCGGUCUGAAUAAGGGAGGAGUUCUGGCUGGAGUGAUUGGAGCUCGUAAACCUCACUAUGACAUCUGGGGCAACACAGUGAAUGUGGCCAGCAGGAUGGAGUCCACCGGAGUGAUGGGAAACAUCCAGGUGGUGGAGGACUGCCAUGACAUCCUCAAGGAGUACGGCUUCCGCUUCAUCAGGAGGGGGCCCAUAUAUGUCAAAGGGAAAGGGGAGCUGCUAACCUUCUUCAUGAAAGGAAAAGACAAACCCAGUAACAAGAGCGGUCCAAUGACCACAGUCCUUCCACACCAAGUUGGAGAUCUGUCUUGACCUGGUGAAAUUCCAUUAAAACACAGCCAGUCUCUCUCAUAUUACACAGGUUAUUUGCAUAGCUAUUUGUCAUAUGCUCCGUAGCAAUGUAACACAUAUGCAGGUAGACUAACACAAUACAAUAGUACUGAGAUUUAAGAGCAGAAAUCCAUUCUGUAUAAUUGUACAUAAUUCAGAAAUACAUCUGAUGUUCUCAGCUCCUGCAUCACAGAUCUUACUACUUUGCACUUGAUUCAUAGAGUGCUAUGAGAAUUACCAGCUAGGAACAGACAUAUUACCUUACCUGGAGCUCAGGUUUUGUAAAAUAAUGUAGCUUAAUCACUCUGUAUUUAUACUGUGUUAAUAAAACAUGUUUGCACUAUGUUUUGAGAUUCUUCUGUGGAUUCUGAGGUGCAACUUUGUUGGUUCACAGGUUGUCUAGAGCAAUGCUUCAACUGGACUCUAAACAAGUCAUCAGCACAACAUGUACUUGCAGCUUUCAUGAUGAGGGGUCUCGUUUCAUUAGAUAAAUGACGAACAAAGAGUGGGUUUAAAGGCCCUGCAACGGGACAAUAGUGCGGGCACAAGUGUUAUCAAUUAUUCUGACUGACUGGAGUUGUGGUCAGGGUGAAGGUGAGCAGAGCUAUAGCCACCGUACAAUAUGAACAAUUUCUAGUUUAUCACAUAUGACUAAUAGUUUUUGACGCCUGGUUACCUUCUCAGGCCAGCAGUCACUAACUCCUGUGCUCGUUGUGCAAACAGCACCAACAGUGCUCAGAGCUCCAAGUCCAGGCAGAGUUUAUACUGCAUCUA